GCACAGAUUUCCACCAGGCCGCCUGGUGGAAGAGACUCAGGGGCGCCGGAGCCUCGCUCGUCCUCUCCGCCCCGCUCCAGCUGUGCAGAGAGGCGCUGCAGCCAGCCCGCCCCGCCCCGCCCUGUCCCGCCUCCGGAGCCCCAUAGCGGUCCUAGCAGCGCUGAGGAGGAGGAGGAAGAAGAGCGCGUGAGGGAAGGGCCGGCCGCGCCGUCUCCUCGCCCGCCAAGAUGUCUCGCGGGCUGCAGGUGGUCCGCACCGACGCCAGCAGCGGCGGUGGCGCGUCGACGUCCUCGGCGGCGCUUUCGGCUUCGGGGCCGGACUCCGGGCUGCUGGACAGAGGCUACGCGGGCUCUUGCUCCGCCUUACUCAAAGUGGCCCAGAUGCUAUUGCUGCUGAUCGGAUUUAUUUGCAUCAUUGCUUCACCGGUGGCCAGUCACAGUACAUAUACCUACUUCAAAAUUAUCUCCAUGUUUGACUUAGUUAUGAUCUUCAUUUUCUACGUCGUCUAUAUCUUCAGAAUUUACCGAAUGCUGACUUGCAUCAACUGGCCACUUGCAGAGUUUCUCCAUUACCUAAUAGGUACCACCCUUCUUCUCAUUGGAUCGGUCGUGGUGGUGGCCAGAAGCACUGGGUCAGCAAGUCUUACAGCUGGAGCGGUAUUUGGCUUCUUAGCUUCGUUUCUGUGUCUCUUAAGUAUAUGGCUAUCCUACAAAGUCUCUUGUGUCACUCAGUCAACAGAUGCUGCUGUGUGAAACUUUUGGCACUCAUGAUGCACACACCAAACUGAGGAUUUCAUAGGCUAACAGACAGCAAAUGUAUGUAAGAUGGAAUUUUGUUCUGGUGAUCGUCUUGAGGACUUGCUUUUGUAAUGACUCCUGAAACCUCUUACUAAGUGAGUUGACCACCAGAGGGCUCUGGUCUUACACUCCUCAUAUUAAUUUGUCCAGAUUGUUAGUACCAGCAGCCUCUAUACUGCAUUGUCUUAAUACCAAGAUUCUUGUAUUAGGGAACCUGUUUUUUCUUUCUUUCUGCAAACAAGGGGAAACCAGGAUUGAAAUUCUUGGCCAUGAUGUUAUCUGGGUGACCAGAUGUUUUCCCUCAGCCUAACCUACCUCACAGGAUUGUUGUGAGAAUAAAAUGUGGGUGGUGAUGGAGAACCUUGUAUUCUACUUUGAGCUCCUUGAAGGAAAAGUGGGGUGUAAAUGUAAAAAUGAUUAUUCUAUGCCACGAUUUGGUAGGAGCUAGCUCCCCUCUCUUCACGUUGAUAGCACUCAAGCUACCUGAGUGAUCUGAACUGGGACCUGCAUAUAAAGGUUGAAGGUGGGAAAAGUACUGUGUUUCCUUUCAUCUGCAGCUGGAAAAUGCUACAUUUUUAUCAUGGACCAGCAGCUGCUUUAUAUUAAGUUAUACAUGCAAAUUCUAUUGCUUACCUCUGCCUUUCCUGGCUUUUGGCUCCCGGUGCGAGAAAAGGCAUUUGAUAAUUUAUGUUUUUACUGGCUUACUGUGAAUAUGUCUUCAGAAGUGAAACAGAGUUUCCUUUGUGUCCUAGUGUUUCUUCUGUUUUUAAGUAUUUUUAUUCAUGACAAAAUAAUUUUAAAUAAAUUUUAUACCUCAAAAACA